AUGGUGUCUGGCGAGGGGGAGCGGGUGGCGUUUUACAAGGCGUUCAAGCUGCGAGGUCCAGUGGAGAAGUGGUUGCAAGAUUUGGAAAUGACAAUGAAGAAAACCCUUUUUAAAAUAAUUAAAAGCAAACGCGCUGAGGUGUACAGACAGCUCAGCAAAGACUGGAUCUUCCAAACCCCCGCACAGGUGUCUUCCUGCCUCCACCAAAUCUUCUGGACCCUCGAGGUCGAAGACGCCCUCCAAAGCGGCGGGGGCCAGCUGGGGCUGGUGGUUUCGCAGCAGCAGCAGCUGCUGCAGCAGCUAACUGAACUCAUUCGCCUUCCUUUGUCUUCUUUAGAAAGAUUAAUUGUUUCGGGUUUGGCAAUUCAAGUGCUGCACAACAGAGACGCAGCAGCAACCCUUCUCCACCUCAACGCAGAAGACCCCGACGCGUUUGACUGGCAGAAGCAACUGCGGCACUACUGGGACCCCGACAAAGAGCUGCUGCUGCUGCAGCAGCUCUCUGCUGCCUUCGAUUAUGGCUAUGAAUAUUUGGGGGCCCCACAGCGGCUAGUAAUAACCCCUUUGACCGAUAGAUGCUGGCUCACCAUCACCA